CUUCAGGUAAUCGCCAAGAGUUAUGAAGCUCACAAAAGCUUCUUUCUAGGGGGUUAUAAAAAGCUUUUGGGAGCCGGUCUUCUCGUUGUGGUUAAUUCUGCUCCCUCGAUCUUUGACGACUCGAAACCCCACUUCACUAAAAACACUCAACACAUCACAAAGAUGCUUCCAUACUUGUGUAAUGAGAUCUGGCAGCUUGUAUUCUCCAACUUGGAGGAUACCAUAGAUCUCGAUGAUGGAUCGGAUCAAGGCCUGUAUCCAUUCCGCAAAGACACUCAUAUCCCAACUCUUACAUCACUGUGUCUUGUCAGCCAUAGGUUCUACAGAUUGGCUAGGCGAAAUCUGUAUCGUACCAUCUCAAGUGUAAAUGUAUCCAGGCAACAGAACAAGAUGAAGAUGGGAUUACUCGCCCGUACGCUCCUUUCAAACUCGGAGCUAAGGUCGGAAAUCCGUGCAAUCGAUCUGAGUCACUCAAGAGACUGGCAAACUUCCUUAGUCGACAGUGAGUUUUGGCCACCGUGCAUUGAACGUGUUGAAAUCCCUAGUCGACUCCGAGACCUACUGAAGGAAGAUAUAGACAGACACUCUACCACUGAGAUUGAGACAUGCUUGCUUCUGGCCCUCAUGCCAAACCUUCGGAUGGUCGCAUUGACAGACCACCAGACAAAAUCCAAGGCACUGACUUGGAUCCUAGGGGGAGAGUUGAAGAAUCCCCAACCUGGCAUAUCAGAUCGACCAGAAUUAGUUGCGAACUACCUCGGUCAACUAGAAGAAGUACACUGGUCGCCAAUACCGUUCAAGCUUGGAGAUUGGAGCAACUUUAGCAUGGAACCCUUACUACUCCUUCCCAACAUCAAGAAACUCUUCUUAUCACCUUUCGAACCCUCCUUCAUUAUUAACAAAUCCAUGGCCCAAGACUUCCAAAGCGGGCUACAGAGUUUGAGAAUCGAUGCCGGUAUGAUCAGACCUGCCUUCCUACAGUACAAUCUUUCUCGAUGCAAGGCCUUACAGAACUUGGACCUGGAUCUUACAGAUUGCUACGACAUAGAGGAUACGGAUUUGGCGGUGAAUCUAGGAGAAUUUGGAAGCGUUCUCAGAAACUUUGGACAGGAUCUUGUCAGCCUAAAGUUGAGAUUUUACGAGGACGAAGAGUACGCUCAACGCGAGAUUGGCUCUCUAAAAGGACUUGAGCGCCUCCGACACCUUUCAGUUCCAAAAUUUGUGCUUCUUGGUGCAGGCGAGGGCACAAUCCCACUAACGGAAGCCUUGCCUGGAUCACUUGAGACGUUUGAAAUGGAAUUCGUGGACGAGUACUGGCCGAAACAUAGCGACACUAAGGCACAAGAGUCUGCUGCGGACGACGACGAAGUGAUUCGCUUAUUUAACAACAAUCGAUUCCCUAACCUAAAGGAGGUCGUAUAUGGUUGUUAUAUGAACGACCAGGACGACAGGCUCACCAACUUCACCAAAGUUAAGGGCUGGAGCGUCAAGAACACAGCAGAACUACGCUGUUUGACUACCACUGAGCCACGUUAUCGGAGACUUGAAUUGAUACGCGGGGAUUAG